AUGAAGGGCAAAGCUCCAGGGUGUGUAAUAACAGAUGGGGACAAGGCCAUGAAAAAAGCAAUCAAAUCUGUGUUUCCAAGUGCUUACCAUCGGUUGUGUGCAUGGCAUUUACUUAGGAAUGCAACCUCUAAUCCCAGCAAUCCGACGUUCACAUCUGAAUUUAAGAAGUGGAUGCUUUUUUAUUAUGAGGUUUCAGAGUUCGAAGAUCGGUGGGUCAAAUUGGUUACGGAGCUUGGUCUUCAACAUAAUGAAUGGGUUUGUGACUUGUUUGCUAGGAGGAAAAUGUGGGCGACUGCUUACAUUCGCGGGCACUUCUUUGGUGGGUUUCAAAAAACAUCAAGGUGUGAGAGAUUGCAUUCUAUGCUUGGUAAAUUUGUGCACUCUCGACAUAACUUGAGAGACUUUAUCGAACAGUUCUUGCGAUGCAUAUGUCAAAUGAGGUCAAGGGAAGCACAAAGUGAGUUGGCAUCUGUUGUUGGGGAUUUAGUGUUGCAGAGUCCACUACAUGCAUUGGAAAGAUCUGCCGCCAACACACUGAUGAGAGAGAUUUUCAUGUUAUUCAGGCCAAUGUUGUUAAGAGGUUGUACGCUAAAGGUUCGUUCAUGUACAUUGACACCAAGUUGUGAGAUUUAUACACUGUCAAGGUCGGAAAAUCCUAACAAAGGAUGGAACAUGUCUCACUAUCGGGACAGAUCAACAUUUAAGUGGUCCUGCUUCAGGAUGGAAUCGGUUGGCAUACUUUGUGAUCAUAUCGUGGCAGUUCUACUACAUCUUGAUGCGGAAGAGAUACCAAGAGUCUUCUUAUAG